CUUGACUCAUCUGUGUGUCACUGUUCUCCUCUGCUAGACUCAUAGACUCAUUGACGCAGAAACAGCGAGGAGUUGAAUAAAGGAACCUAUUCCACUUGGAUUGGAGACAUGACCAAAGAGACUGAGACUCUGGGACUGGUCUUUCAGAGCGAGAACUUCAACUAUAACCGUUACACUAACCACGUCAUGGAAUCCUGGUCCUACCUGGAGAGCCCUGUCCCCGAGCCAAACCACUCCAAACCCAGACUCCACCCAGGAGAUGACCUGGCAGCCUUAACCAUGCUUUAUGAACAGUGCAAGAGCCAGAAAGAGCAGAAGAUUGCUACCUGCAACCGCGCUGGCAACAUCUGCAAAACCGAGAGGAAUCCAACCAACAGCAGUGACUUUGUUUCAUUGGAGGGGUCUGCCAACAUCAUGAAGCUCCUCUCUGAGAGUCCUCAAGAGGUUGUGGGUUCCAAACAUCACACCUCCCUGCCAAGCUCUGUUCCCAACACCUCAGACACCUACGCCACCCUAACCAGUGUCGUAGCUGACACUUACGACAAGCAGGAACUCAAUAUCAUAUUUGACUCCCUGCUGCAGAAGUGGCCAGAGCCCAGUGCUUUCCCAGACCCCAGCACUGAGACCCUUCCCUACAGCGAUCCCUUUACCGAGGACCAGUCCAGCCCUGUGUACUCGGGCUCCUACACCUGCUCCCCACCAGAGAGAUUCAGGAGUGACUUUCAGUUUUCCCUGGGAGCUCCCCUUGCUUCUACAUAUAAGUCCAAUGAGCUGCCCAUGGUCUACCUGAACAAGGGCCAAUUCUACCCCAUCACUCUCCAAGGAGUGGACAACAGUGCCUGCCUCAAUGCCACCAAAGUCAAGACAGUGGUGAUGGCUGUGUUUGAGAAUGACAAGAGCCCAGAAAUGCAGCUCCGUUUUUGGAAUCACUGGCACGCGCGCCAGCCAACUGCCAAGCAGAGGGUCAUUGACAUCGCGGACUACAAAGAAGUGUUCAGCGGCAUUAGCAACGUAGAGGAGGUGGCUUUCAACGCUCUCUCCUUUGUUUGGAACCCCAAUGAAGAGGCCAAGGUGUACAUUGGCAUCAACUCCCUGAGCACAGACUUCUCAUCUCAGAAGGGAGUGAAAGGCCUGCCUCUAAACAUCCAGAUUGACACUUAUGACUUCAGCUCAGGAACCAACCAGCUCAUACACAGAGCUGCCUGCCAGGUCAAGAUUUUCUGUGAUAAGGGUGCAGAGAGGAAGAUGCGUGAUGAGGAGAGAAAGAGAAGCAAAAGGAGAGGAAAGAACGAUGCUAACACCAACAAGUCUUUGGUGACCAGUUCCAUGGGCAGUGACUGCACCUUCUUCCAAACCCUGGAUGACCACGUCACCCAGCCAGUUCUCUUCAUUCCAGAAACACACCUCUCCUGCUUACAACGCAUAGCCACUCCCAUGGACGAGAUCGAAAGGAGUUCUAUGAAGAGAUCGUAUCAAGACAGAGAUAAAAACUGCUCUCCAUCCAGCAAGCAAGCCCGCAGAGAAGACCCUCAAAGAGUUCUGCUGUACGUGAGGACAGUCGCUGAAGAGGUGUUUGAUGCGCUCAUGCUCACCACACCAACGCUGUCAGGCCUACGAGAAGCUGUUUCAGAAAAGUACGGUAUGCAAAAAGACACCAUUGGGAAAAUCUACAAGAAAUGCAAGAGAGGGAUUUUCGUAAACAUGGACGACAACAUCAUUGAACACUACACCAACCAGUCGGCCUUCCUCAUUGAGCUGUCCGAGGUCGUCGGCGGUCAGUUCCAGGUCACUCUCAUUGAAGUAUGAGAAUCCAAUCAGCUACCUGCUCUAUUGAAGGAUGUAACAAAUCAGCGCUGCCAGUUAGAAAACAUGCCUGUUAAAAGCACUGCCCCAUCAAAGACAAUGUAACCUGUGGACUGCCAGUAAGAGGACUGGACUGAAGAGACUUCCAGUUUUUCCAACCUCAACCAAAGUAGAAAACGUCAAACUGUUUCUUGAUUUUUGUAAAUACCACUCAUCCCAGUUCUUUUUAUUUUUUAUUUGAAUUUAAUAUUGUAACGUAAGAGCAAUUAUGAUGAACAGUGUGUACAUAUAUAAUGUAAAUAGAUUUUAAUAUGACAGUGUUGUAUAAACUAGC